GGCGGUGGAAAAACAAGAUGAUAGCCACCUCAAAAUUUCAGAAGAGGAUGACGACUUUAGUUCAAGAUGGAAUAACUUACCCGACAUUCUGGUAAUACAAAUAUACGGAUAUCUGUGUGACCACGCGAGGCUGCACAUGGCAUGCGUCUGCAGGCGAUGGCGGGAUCUGUUUUAUACGCCGUCCCUUUGGCGACGUAGACGGGUACAUUUUAUGGGACUGAAGGCCGAAAAUAAGGCGAAGCGUGAGUGUCAAUACAUCAACACCAUGGGCAAGUAUUUAAAGACACUAAAGCUUUCCUUUCGGUAAACCGACAUAUCGGACGGUCAAGGUUAUGGCGCUGGCAGCCGAAACUUAUCUGAAACAUCUACUUUACGACUCGAAGAUACGUCUCACCUAGAGUGUUUUUGCAUCAGUUGGAUUUGGAGAAUUGCUGGCACUUUUGGAUAUCACGUAAUAAAGUCAUUGGGGCUCUCUGUAGAUUGUUCAGGCGUCUUCGAUAUCUGGAAUCAGUCAGUGUCGUUUCCUGUCGGCUUUCGUUACACGAAGGUUGUCGUCUGCUUGAAUCCCUUAGCCGCGGUUACGCUGGGAAGACGCUCAAAGUGUUAUCUGCUGACGAUCUUUUCCAGACAAAUGUUUUGCCGAUACGUCACAGACGGUACAUAAGUACAUUGUCCAAAUUCUCAGCCCUCACACAGAUAUACGUCAACUAUUCAUCUAUCAACUCAGAUAUUUUAGACUCCUUCGCUGAAAACCUGAGCAACACAUUGCAGAAACUGACACUUUCAAUAGAAAAGAACGUGAGCCAUAUUGUUAUUCCAUCAGAAGUAUGGAACAAUUUUAGUAAGAAAUGUUCGGAUGCAGUGGUGAUUCUCUAUAUAUACGUUACGGGAAGACUCUACGAUCCUACUGCGCCACUGGUCAAAGGAAUCCCAGUCAGAGAAAUGUACGUCGUGUCAUGUGCAUCGAUUGCAACACAUGAUGACAUGCAAGGACAGAUUCCAUUUCUGGUCCGACAUAUCGGAAGAACGUACCAGGACACACUUGAACACUUAACUCUCCAGCUGGACAAGAACCCACCGAUAGAUGAGGAGCUGUUGUAUUUGCUGAUAUCGAACCGGAAGUUAAGACAUAUACAACUGUGCUGCCAUCUGGUCGUGCCUACUAUUGACAAAAUACGUCUACUGUUGAUCCACAACAAACUCCAUUUGCACUCCAUGACCUUGAACAUUCACGGCCUGAAUGAAUGCGAAUGGCAGCAACUGCGACAGAUUCAACAGUCUCUGGUCAACGCCAUCAACGGCAGACUCUAAACAUAGCGGUGAAUUGUGGGACUCUAAGUGAUGACGCCGAAAGCGACAUUUCCUGUUUUAUUUGUAGUAAUGUAUUCGGAAAUAAAUGACGUUUGCAUGCAG